UUUUUUUUCUUUUUCUUUUUCAGCCUUUAACCGCAAAUGCGCAAGUUCUAGCCAUAAAUGCCGACCAUGUACCGCGCACAAUAGCCAACACUCGUCUUCCAAUUCUAAACUGCGCUUUUCCGGUUCCUGAGCCUUCCCCCUCUCUCUCUCCAAAUUCUGUUUCGUCUUUCUUUCUGGUACAAAUGAAGUGGCUCCCCUAAGCUUUUGUGCUUAUCAGUUAUGGCUUCCAUGCAAGUUCUGAAACCCACCCUCCCUUCACUUUCACUUUCUCAAUCCAAUUUUCACAGGAAAUCAACUUGUAAUUCCUCACCCUCCUAUUUUCUGAAAAGGAUGCCAAAGUUACAAACUUUCGGUGUUUCUAAAUCUUGUACUAAGUUCAGGGUCUGCUGUCGAGCUCAAAAUACCGAAAACCAAAAGAAUGGAGAAGAACCUCCAGAAUCGUUAUUUUUGAAGGAAUUGAAGAGGAGGGGUAUGACCCCUACGUCGUUGCUCGAAGAUUACAAGAAAAGCAACUAUGGACUUGAUGAAGAGAUAUAUUUGAAUGAUGAAGAUAGACGCUUCCCCAACAGAAAUUCUGUCUCAACCAAUGUUGAAAGGAGUCUAGACAAUCAAAGGGAGCGAUCUGUGGCACUGAACAGUGAAGGUCUUGAGGGCUUGGUCCCUCGGGCUAAACUUUUGUUGACGAUUGGAGGAACAUUUUUCUUGGGAUUUUGGCCAUUGAUCCUCAUAACUGUUGCAUCUUUUUCUGCACUCUACUUCUAUUUGGGGCCAACAUUUGUCCACGAUGCAAGCAGUUCACAUUUAUCACCUCCCCAGUAUGUGGACCCUUAUGAACUACUGGAAGAUGAAAGGAUAUCACAGAUGGCACCUCGGCUAAAUUAGUGGCAACAUUUUACAUGCUUAGCUCUAGUAGGAAUGCUGCUGCAUAAAUAUAUGUUUCCUUAGCCUCCGUUGAUUUAUUUCAUUUUGUAAUAUAUCACCCACGAAGAACUUUGUUAUUGAUUUUGCUUUGCAUUCAUCUCCAUUGACUCAAUUCUCAAGAUCCGUCCUUUCCAUUUUGCGCAUAUUAUAUAAUUUAAAUAAGAUGAAAGCCCAU